ACAGACCAAAGGUAAGAUGCUGAAGAGAAAGAAAUAAGAUGAAAAUAAAGUGCAAAGAACAAACCGCCAAGCAACUGGAUGCGACGAUGCGACUAUGCGAGUGAUGUUUGUUUAUAAACACUUGACGUAUUUAUUUUAUUGUAGACACAUGGUGUGACGUACGCUAUUUCUUUCAAUUAUUUUCAAUUAAAUUUUUAAUUUAUCUCAAAUUAUGCGAAGAACUUAUGGAGUAGCGGAAUACUUUUACAAAUGCAACGAUUUAAAUAAUUUUUUAGCAGCAAUUUUAAAAUACAUUUUAAAAACAUGGAAUAUACAUUAGAAGAUGCGUUUGAGACACUGAAAGAGAAAAAAGCAGAACAGGAGAAAAAUAUUGAAGAUUUAAUAGCCAAGAUAUCAAACAAUGAAGUUUUUACUUUGAAACCGAACAAUUCGUUGGAGGAUGUAAGAAUGAAACAAGACAAAUUACACCAGAGCCUGAGAAAGGAAAUCCAACAGGUGGAACCUGAAGAUUACCCAAUUUUAAGAACAUCUGACCUGCGUAUGGAAGUGAUGACUGAAAUGGAGGUGGAGAUUCGCGAUAUGCAAGAGCUCCUUAACAGUUUGCAAAGAAAACUGUCCAAUAUUCAAGAAGACAUCAUAUAUUUGAGAAAUAAGAAAGAUGGGUUGAAUAAAAUGCAGGAAGCUUUUCUAAAUAUUACAGAAACGUUCGCAAACAGGACUUACGAGAAGGAACAUAUUCUGUCAAAACGUAUAUUUAAAAGAGUAAAGAAUGAUCUGAAUAGUGUGGUGAAUACCAUUUUUCCAAAUAAUGAUGACUUUAAAGAUUUAUUAGCGGCUUUAUCAUCAGCUUACAUGAAGGGAGGAGAUGACAUUUAUGUGGAUGUUACGCCGAAUAUUUUAAAUUACGUAUAUUUUCUACUGGAAGCCGAUAUAAUACAGUACCAUCGUAACGAUAAGACUAAAAUUAGAAUGACUGAAUUAUUAUGAUAUCCGAUUAUUAUCUAACAUUUUAGAAGAUAUUUGAUUAUAUCUUAUCGUUAAACAUAUUUUGUUGUCUGGAUUCUAUCUAAAAAACAAUAAGCAAAUAAAGAAACAGGAUAUUUGAUGAAAUUACACACACACGCCCACACACACACACACACACGCGCGCGCGCGCGCGCACGCACGCACAAGAAACAGGAUAUUUAUUUAUAAAAAUAAUUUUAGAUAAAGAAUGUUCUAUUACUUAAUCCUAUUUUAUUCAUUUCGACAUAUCGUAGUCUUAUUAAAAGCUUCGGGGAACACAAAGAGGUUGUUGACAGCAAUCUGGAUAUUCUUUUGUUUUAUCUUUCAUCCUGUACCAAUCAUCGACAACAACUUCAUCUGACAUAGGAAAAGUUAAGGAAAGAUAUCUGGAAAGAAACGGAAUAAAAUUAAAUUACGAAAAAGAGAUUUUAUGUAAAACUUGUAUUAGCAUUAUGAUAAAAUUUUGUGCUUGUGUAUACUUUAUCAUGGCAUAGACUGCUAUUUAUAAAUGUAUAUCUGUUUUAUCGAUAAUAUUACGCUGUGAUUUUAUAAUUGUUUUUGACUGACGAUGUAUCUUUAAAAAAAAACCGACGCGAUUAACUUGAUUCAUUAUUAAAAUUAUUAUUAAACACUUAAAUAUUAUUAAAUACUAAUAAUUACUAUUACAUAAUUACUUAUUAAAUAAUAUUAGAAUCAAGAACCGGAAAUGUAACUGGAAAAAAUGGAAUUUAAACGAUUUAGAUUCUUGUAUUUGCCAAGAAACUGAAAGUGAAAUCAAAACUAGUUUUCAAAUAUUUUUAUUAAAUCGUAAUCGGAACCAAAUCAGUUCCGGUUACGGUUUAAUUUACGGUGUAAAUAAUUUGACUCGGCCCGAGUCCCUGAUCUUAACUUUAAAUAUCUUUUAUAUACAUACAUGAUUAUAAUAUUUUACUUACCCGAGUAUAGUUGUUACACCGCCUAGAUGACAAGUUGAAGUCUUGCAUGGACGAAUUGUGUACGUAUCUACGCUGAAUAUUUAGUCUUUCCAUUCGCAGUUGUCUAAAUUCGUGCUCGUGUAAGUAAAAUCUGAAAAUAUCCGAAGAAUAUUGUUUGAAAAUUUCCAUUUAGUUUUGCGUUAUAUUAUAGCUAUAAGCUAUAUGCGACCACAAUGAAUAAUUAUAAUAAUGUAUAGUUUGUAAAUCUGCCAAAGAAUCUGUUAUUAAAAUACUGAAAUAUAUGCGACAAUUAUUUUUUACAUAAAAACUAACAGUCUUUCGAGAGGUACCAACAAUAAUAUUGCGUCGUUUGUGAAUUCGCUAAAUUGUUCUAUAAGUACAUAUUUAUAAUUUUAUCCAGAUAAAACAAUAUUUUUUCUUUUGAUAAAAUAUAUUAAUUAAGAAAUUAAUAGAUCUAAUAAAAAUGUACCUUGUACUUGCUUAGCAAAGUGAGCUAGCCCACACAUUAGAAAUAAGAUCGCGCAGACUUUCAUAUCACUUUUUUGUUUAGAGAGUUAGUAAGAAAAGACAAUAAUAAAUUUAAAAAAACUA